GGAGAACGGAUUACGUGGUGGAAUUUGUCAUUCAGUUAAAAGACAUGUAAAAGCUAAUAUUCCUAAUAUUCAAAAUAUUAAUUAUGAUUCAAACAAACCUGUAACGUGGUUAGCUUACUUGGACUGUGUAAAUCUAUAUGGAAAAUCAAUGCUAUCUGCUUUACCUCAUAAAAAUUUUGAAUGGUUUAACGAUUUGACAAUAGAUAUAACACAAAUUGAAGAUGAUGCUGAAUAUGGUUAUAUUUUAGAAGUAGAUGUUAUUUAUCCAAAACAAUUACAUGACAAUCAUAAUGAUUUCCCAUUUUUACCUGAGAAUAAAUGUCCUCCCAAUUCAAAAGUAAAAAAACUAUUAACAACAUUAGAAUCGAAAUUUAAUUAUGUAGUUCACUAUAGAAAUUUGAAACAGGCCAUCGUUAAUGGAUUAAAAGUGAAAAAAGUUCAUAGGAUUCUGCGUUUUUCGCAAUCUCGUUGGAUGGCACCAUAUAUAAAUUUAUGUACAAAUAUGAGGGUUAAGUCAAGGAAUGAGUUUGAACGACAAUUCUGGAAACUGUUAGUGAAUAGUGUCUAUGGAAAAUGUAUGGAAAAUGUAAGAAAACGUAUGUCAAUGUUUCUAGUAUCUAACGAAAAAAAAGCACAUCGAUUAAUGUCGAAAACAACAUUUAAAGAUCGAACUAUAUACACAAAAAAUUUAAUGGCUAUUCAUAUGAAUAAGGAAAAAAUUAAAUUUGAUAAGCCUAUUUAUGUAGGAUUUGCAAUAUUGGAUAUUUCAAAGUCGAUAAUGUAUGAUUUUCAUUAUAAUGUAAUGAAAAAUAUGUAUAGAAAUAAAAUUAACAUUGUGUAUUCAGAUACUGAUUCGUUAGUUUACGAAAUAAGAACUUCUAACUUUUUCGAUGACAUAAAACGAAAAUUAUUUUCUUACUUUGAUACUUCAAAUUAUCCGAAAAAUCACUAUUGUUUUAGUGAUCGUAGAAAAAAUCAACCAGGUUAUUUUAAAGACGAAUUAAAAUCUGAAAUCUUAUUAGAAUUUAUUACUUUACGUCCUAAACUCUAUGCAUAUAAAACAAAUAAAGAUGAAGUAAAAAGAGCUAAGGGUGUUAAAAAAUAUGUUAUUAAUAAUCACAUGAAGUUUGACGAAUAUUUAAAUAUAUUAAAUGCAUAUAUCAAUAAUUCAGCUAGUCAACAAUUAUGUAAAUCUAUGAAUUUUAUACAAUCAAAACACCAUUUUGUUUAUUCUAAAUCUAUAGAUAAAAUUGCUCUUAGUGCGAAUGACGAUAAAAGGAUUAUUAUGCGUGAUGAAAUAGUGAACACUUCUGUUGACCAAUUUGGUGUAUAA